GUGACUUAUCUUACAAAUAUAUGGGGAGAGAGACUGAGAAAUGAGAGGUAGCGCGCUUUGAAGAAGGCGGUUGAGUGCGAUAACGGGUUUGGGGGGAGCGAUAAGCUAUGUACUCUAGGCGGGGUAGAGGGAUCGUCGGGUGUGCGGACCAUAAAAACCGUGCUUACGUAAUGUGGAAUAUGGUAAAUUGCUUUUUCACCUCCUUUCCUCGCUCCAAUUUUCUCUAAGAGUUCACUAAAUUUGUAGGUAUGGGAAUUACGUAAUAGGUUUAUACUGGUAGCAGCAGCUGACGAGUCAGAGACAGAGUAGACAAGUUUAUCCAGUAUCAAGUUCACCAGGCCUAGCGUCUUUUGCCGUGAUGGUAAAUCUUGUCUUCUUUUCGACAGAAAAAUCCGAGAUAGUUUAGUGGCUAGAAUUUCCGCUUGUCACGCGGGGGACCGGGGUUCAAUUCCCCGUCUCGGAGAGUGUUUUUUUUCCACUUCCCCACGGCAGCCUUGCAUGGCAUGGCAUGGCGCCGCAUACAAUAGCUCGAUAUUCGCUAGUGCAGCACCACUCCGCACAACUCUCAAACCGAGUUGGAACUAUCAGCAGACUACACCGUCCACCAACCAAGCCGACAUGAUACGACACGACACGUGGGAUCCGACCGUUCUGCUUCAAGAACAAGGCAUCCGCAAGCUCCGAAGAUACCACGAAAAAUACCAGGGGUGGGAUACGACAGUCAGGCCGAGGACACACGCCCACCACUCGGCUCGGAAGUGCGAGCCACCCGCUCCGGUCUCCGUGCGCCCGCCAAUAGCGCUGCGCCGCCGACCGUUUCCCACCCUCUUUCUGUCGACAUACCAUGCCCUCGGCGGGCCUAGCCCUAACGUCGGCUGCACCACACUACACCACGCUACACCCCGCCAACUGCUCGUGUACCCCAGCCCUCUUCUCCGCCCACCGGCCCUCUCUCUCCGCCGCGGUUCCCGCCGCGCUCCCCACGCCAAUAAAAAACAGCGCCAAAAGGGGAGAAGUCGUAUCAUCGUCAUUCUCUACACUGGCUGAGAACUCCGUUUCGCUCCUUGUUGGGCCUUUUUCUUUUCUUUUCUUUUCCUUUUUUUCUCCCGCUCAGCUUUCUCUCCGCCCGCAGAAUCAGAAGCCCUCCUCCGCUCCCGCACACGCGACGGCGGCAAAAUGUAAAAAGCUGGGGGGCUCUGCCGCCACGCCCGCCACGCCCGCCACGGCCC